AUGGGUAUUAAGUCCAAAAGUAAACCUUUACAAUUUAAAAAUGUCAAUAUAUCAUUUUCAAAUAAAGAAUCGCUACAAAAAAAUUCUAAGGCAAUAAAAAUUUUAGCGAAAAAUAAAGUAAAGUCUAUUACUUCACAAGGUAAAUAUGAUAUUAAUAAUAGUAAAGCGGUUGAUUUUGGAUAUGAGGAUCAAAUGAUCAUCGAUGAAGACUAUUAUAUUUCUCCAAGUAUGCUGAUUGAUGAUGAUAAUGAGGAUGAUGAGGAUGAUGAUGGUAGAUUAUCAGUAAAUUCCAUAUCUUUAUUAGAUGAGGGAAAUGAGAAAGAGAAAAGAAAUAUGGAUAUAAAUAUAUUGGGUUUACAAUGUAAUUUACUAGAUUUAGAAAAAAAGUAUGUCACAAAAAUUCCGCAAUAUAUUAUUAAAAAAUCGAUAGAUUACUUUAGUUUAUCUAUACUACAAGAGACUACAGUUGAAACAGAAAAUAACAAUAAAUCAUCAAGAUUUAUUUCUACACCUAUACAAAAUGGCAGUAGGUACAGAAAUAGGAGUGGGUAUGCAAUUAACAAAAACUCAUUGGAUACGUUUUCUUUAGAUGAUAUUGAUAAAUCAAUGUUUUGGGACAUAUUUAAUUCAUCUCAAAUAGAUAAUUAUCCACGGAUAUUGCCUCCGCCUUUAACAACUUCGAAUAAAUAUGGUAAUCCUGAUGAUGCUAAUAUGAUGAUAACCGAAUGUGAUUCUAGUCUUAAUGAGUUUUAUCAUUCAUAUGAACAUAUUCCCAAAAAGCACUUCAAUAUUCACUCACCUUUAAAGAUACUGUAUCCAGUGUCACCACCGCCGCUACCACUUUCCUCCUCUUCCUGGUCGUCGUCGUUUCCACCUGCGUCUUCUUAA